CAGUGCAGCAGCGACGGCUAGCAAGGAGCCGCGUCGCUCGCCAGCGUGGUUUCGAAAAAACCCUAUCUACAUGUGUAUCAGGAACAAGAUGGCGGCGCACUUGAAGAAAAGGGCAUACGAAGAUUUCGUUGGAGCCUCACAUUCUGUUACACAGGAAGAACCCCUGCCUACACCAUUGAAAAUUCGCAUUGUAAAUCCAAGACAAAGUUCACCUGCCCUAAUCUUACCUGACCCAGAUGCAAACAAUUUAACUGAGACUCUAGCAGUGCUGCUUGACUUUGAACACAAACUUCCUAUCAGCUUACCACAAACAGAGAAUGCAGUGCAAAGUAUUCUUGCACAUUAUCAAGAGCAAGUGAAUGUAAGUGUUAAGGUGAAACUAGUGCAUUUGCUUGGCCAGCUUGCCUUGACUCCAGGUUUUGAUGCUGUGUUACUUCUGGAAGACUUGCUAUCCCUUCUAGCAUCAACAGAGUCGCACAGAGUCAAGUCACAGCUUUUAUCCAGUUUGACUGCUAUCGGCAGAUCACUUUUCUCUCAUGCAGAGCUACAUGAUAAACUUAUUGACACUGCCAAGCUGCACUUAUCAGAUCUUCAUCAUACUGUGCGCUGUGAAUGUUUAUCAAUGAUUGGAGCAUUGAGUACACUGGAUAAAUCAAUCAACAAGAAAGAGGACAAGAAAUGUCAGCGUCUCUUAGCAGCAUACAUAGAUGAUCAAGAUCCUCGGGUCAGACAGAGCUCAUUGAAAUCAAUGCUAACUCUGCAUCAGCGAGGUCAAAGGCUGGAUCUAUCUGUUUAUCAACAAUCUGUGAAGGCUCUUACAGAUGACUAUGAAGGGGUCAGGCUAGCUGCACUUAAAUUGGUCUGGGUAUUAAGCCAGGUAUACCCUGAAGAAAUGUUAGCAGUGAAAGGAGGAUCCACAGAAGACCAACUUCGCCUUGUAGAUGACGGAUUUACCAACAUCUGUCAGAUGGUAAAUGAUGAAUCAAUGAGAGUUCGGACUGAGGCAGCUGGAUUGUUAGGCUCUCUUCAUCUUGUCAGCUCAAAGUUCUUUCAACAAACAUUAGACAAAAAGCUCAUGUCAGGUUUGAGGAGGAAGCGUACUUCCCAUGAGCGUCAGAAAGAGAGUUAUGCAUGUGGUGAUUGGUCAUCAGGUCAGAAGUGGAAUGAUGAUGCACCUAAGGAGCAUUUGGAUCCUGGCAGUAUUAGUCUCAUCAAUAGCGGAGCUUGUGGAGCAUUCGUUCAUGGAUUAGAAGAUGAAUAUUUAGAGGUUCGAUCAGCAGCUUUGGAUUCUCUUUGUGAGCUGGCAACACAAUCUCCUUCCUUUGCAAGAUUAUCACUAGACUUCCUUGUUGACAUGUUCAAUGAUGAGAUAGAAAGUGUGCGUCUGAAUGCAAUAUACAGCAUGAGAAAGAUCACUCAACACAUUAUUCUAAGGGAAGACCAGUUGGAGAUAAUCCUGAAUGUGUUGGAUGAUUUCUCCAGUGAAAUUCGAGAGGCUCUGCAUGAGUUGUUGUGCACUGUUACAUUGGCCACCAAGUCAUGUUUGAGUAGAUCCCUUCAUUUCUUGCUGCGAAACUUGAACAAGUAUCCACAGGAUAAACUCUCUAUCUGGAAUUGUAUGAAGCACCUUGGCUCAGCCCACCAUGAUUUGACUCUUACUCUCAUACCUGAGUUACUAGGAACUCAUCCUUAUUUCGACACUCCUGAACCUGAUAUGGAUGACCCAGCCUAUAUUGGUGUGAUGGUUCUUAUAUUGAACUCGGCUGCUGAAUGUCCUACUAUGGUAUCUUUAUUUCCUGACUAUACCCUCAGGCAUUAUUCAUAUCUCAGGGAUAGUCUACCACAUCUUGUGCCUCAUGUCAAGUACAUCAACUCCUCAAGACUGAGUGAGUGUUCUGAUGUCAGAUUGCAACGAAAAGGACAAGAACCAAGUGUGUUCCUCGCACAAACAUUGGAUAAAGUCAAGCAUCUUACCACUAUGGCCAGACAACCAUCAAUUAGUCUCAUGCAACUAAUAAUAAGAGAUCUUGAGAGAAUAGGGGAACUUGAUCCUGGACUCUCUGCAUGUGCUGAUUUCUGUGCUCGGUAUAUACGCUGUCAGCUGGUUCUCACCAAGGCAUUAAGUGAAGAUGGCUGGAACAUACCAGCAUCACUAUGUCCACAGCAGAGUGCAGAUACAAUGCUAGCUGCAGCAACACAGAUCUUAGAGUUGAGUUAUGAGUUGGAGCAUCUAUUCUUGGGAUGCAGUGAAGCGGAGCAGGCUACCAUUAUGCAAAUGCGUUUCCGUGGCUGGACUUUGGAGCUUUUGGUUCAUCUGAGAGGGAAAUUGAAUAACAGUGUGAGCAAUCAACUAGCCACCCAAAGUAUAUGUCAGCAGUAUUUACAACGCCUCACUCUGUUACACAGGUACUUUAUGGCAAACAAUGUGAAGCCAGACACCUUCUGCCAGGCUGUUUUCUCUGAGAGACAUAAGUUAGAUGCCAGUAAAGCUGGUAUUUUGGCCAAGUUUCUACAACCACUGCUCCUUCAUCAUACCAUUCCAUCUCUGCUUCCAUGUAAUAAGCUGAAUGGGAUUGGCGCUAAGAUCAGAGAACCAACUGGAGGCUCGGAUAACCCACUUAGGUUUACAGCAGGACUAGUACUAGCUGUCAAUAUUGACUGCUUAUUGGAUAAUGUGCAAGAUCUCAAUCAAGUCAAGAUCAAAGUGCAGUUUGCGGAUUCUCAAGUGCAGUUAUUUAAUCCUAAGAUGUCUGAUUUCCGAAGCUUAUCACCACUUAAGCAUCAGCUUCAUACACAGAUCUUCUUAUCUCAUUCCAUGUGGUCAGAUCCUUGCCAUAUUCAGCUGUCUAUUGUUAUGACGUAUGACCCUAAUAAGAUGAGAGACAUUUCCUUGACAUCAGUAGGAGGGAAAGCUGGAGACCAGAAAACAAUAGACCUUUGUACACCUGUGAAGGUGUUUGUCAUGCCCAAACCACUCAAGAGAUGAUCAAUAGAGGGCAGUCUCCUCAAGAGGCAACGCUCAUUGUACAUAGCUGUAAUUUGGCCCCGCCCUGUAAAUUUAUUCUUACAUUUGAGACGUUUCUAAUUUCACCUCAGGGGUACUGCAUUACUUGAUGAAAAGAUCAAUCUGUCAUACUUGAUGAAAAGAUCAAUCUGUCAUACUUGUGAAAUAUGUACUCAGUAAUGUUUAAUGACCUAUUAAGCCAAAAUGGGAGCAUGAUAAGGAGUGAAAGGACAAACAGAUUCUUAUUUUUUUCAGCAUUUCGUUGUGGAUUAAUUCACAAAUAAUUAUGGUAAAAAUUACUUUUUGACUGCACUGAUCCAAAAUGUAUCCAAUAAUGGAAUUAUUGUGACUUCAAAUAGGUGAACACCAAAGUUCCAAAUGGAACCAAAACUUUCUGCUCUGCCCUUGAAGCAGCAAGUCGUAUCCAGAGCAUCACUUAAACUUGAGGUACUUCCCAAAAAGGAAAUGGCAAAUCAUGAUCUUUGCUGAAUUUUAUGUUUUCAAUCAAUAAGGAAAUCGAGUCAUACGACUACAAAUACAUUUUAAUUGUGUACACAAUUUUUAAUACCCUUAUCCAGUGCUUUUCUGAAAGAUGUGCACAAGUUGGGAGCUCCAAUUUGUACAGCCGCUUUGUUGCGGUGUACAAAUAUCAAACUUACAUUUACACGGUAAACAAACACAUUAUAAACAAGAUUAAAAAGCAUUUCUGUUAAAAACAAAUUCCCUCAAGUAGCUGUUUAAGUUUGAUAUGAAAAUUAGUCCUCCAGGACUGAUGGAGUGUAGACAUUGUGCACUAUGUUGUAGAUCUGUUAUCAUUGGUCAUUGGCAGAAGUAACAAAUUAAAACAUGCUGGGAUUUGUCAGAAAACUAAAUACAUCAUAUAUACAUCAGGGUUAAUAAUGAUUCAGUUUUGUCCCUACACAGCUGUUUGACAAACCCCUGUGUAGAAAACAUGCACUUGGUGAUCUCCAAUUACUGCAGAAAACAAUUACAUACGAACUACAUGUACCUUCCUUUCGAGCCAUAUAGUACGCAGUUUUGAGCUUAUAGUGUUUGAAUCCAUGUUUAUAAAGACAAUGGACACUAUUGGUAAUUGUCAGACCAGUCUUCUCACUUGGUGUAUCUCAACAUGCAUAAAAUAACA